AUGAUUUCACAGCCACCAGACAUUACAGAAGAAAAAUUUGAAGAUUCUUUGGCAACAGAUGAUUUCCUUGUGGACUACUUUAAUGAAUUCCUAAGCCUUCCAACAUUUUCAGAGGCAAUUAGAUUUAAUGUGGAUUUUGGAGUUUUUGAGGUAGUUAACAAUGCUCCACAUAAUCUGGAAAAACAACUGAAAAAAAUCCUGCAAAACCACCAGCCUCGAAAUCCCAUCUAUGACGUUGUAAGGAAAGGAAAGAGUGAUGUUAAACCUGUUCAGAUCAAUGCCCCUUAUGAAGAUGAGACCAUUAACGUCAACUACAAUAUUAUGUGUCUCAAUCGUGAACAAGGAAUUAAGUGGAUCAAAAAAGAAAGACUUCCAGCAUUUCUGGAAAGUGAUUGCUACUUUGAAUACAGGUUAGCCAAAUUGGUCUCACAAGUAAGAUGGAGUGAAUCAGGCAUGAACUUCACAGUAGGUACAAAUUUUUCUUCCUGGGUCAUGAAGAAAAUACCCAGUCCACCGCCUCCAGAUGCUGAAAAUGAAGACAAUCUUGUACUCAUGAAAAAGUUCUACAUUUCUCUUGGAGAGGCUUCCUAUACUCAAACAAAAGAUUGGUUUGCAUUAGCAAAACAAAGUCAGCAGCCAGUAGCCACCUUUUCAUUACCCUGUUGUAUACCCCACGACAAAAUUGAAUCACCCAGUAUUUCACCUAUUUCUGAGAGUUUUAUCUUUGAUGAUGGAGCCCACCCCAGGACAAAAACAGGCCCAUCUAAAACUAGGAAGUUAACUUCAGAAUCUGAAGAAGAGGGAUCUGUAUCCCUGCAAGACACCCCUUCCCAAGCUCUGCUGAGAGUGUACCUUGAAAGGCAACAGGAUGUCGAUGAAAACCUGACAUUGCAUUUCUCAACUUGCGAAGAGUUCUUAAAGUCCUACAUACACUUCAUUUUGAAAAUGGCAAUUCAGCGAAUUACUGGAGAGCCUAUAUCAGAAAGCCCAGACUUUGUCGACUUCACCAAUGUAGCCCAAGUGGUAUUUGAUGAUUAUUUUGAGUUCAUCUCUGACAGGAGUCCUGCCAGUCAACCAGUUCAAGUCGUCAAGGAAAGGUCAGAGGAGAUGCUCGAACAGACGAGUCUAAGUUCAAAGAAUGAGAGCAUUGGCCCAGAGAGUAGGGCAGACUGGUGUAUUUCUCACAGAACUUAUGACAUUGGCAAUAGAAAGGAAUUUGAAAGAUUUAAGAAAUUUAUAAAAGGUACACUAGGAGAAAGAUAUUGGAAGCUAUGGAUGGAUAUUGAGAGGUUAAAAGUUCUUAAGGACCCUGGAAGACAUCAAAGACAUCUUGAGAAGAUGAAAAAAUGCUAUCUGGUGAGCAGUGGAGAGCACUACCUUUCUACAGAAGUCUUAUCGAAAUUUCAGCUGUUAGAUGGAUCGCAGUGGACUGAGGAACAUUUGAGAAAUAUUCAGUGUGAGGUUCUAAAACCUUUGCUUCUGUAUUGGGCACCAAGAUUCUGUGUUACUCAUUCAUCCUCAAUAAAAUAUGUGAAUGCUGAGCUGAAAUUCUGGCACCUCCGUCAGGAAAAACCAAGGAAGGAUGUUGACCCUUUUCCUCAAAUGGCAACACUCUUGCCAUUAAGACCUAAGUCUUGUAUCCCACAGAUGUCUGAAGUUCAGAAAGAAGAAUCCAAUUUAUCACAACCUCCCAAAUCUCCCAAGAAAUCACUCAGAGGAAAACCAGCGAUUCAGAAGCCUUUGAAAAGUUUGUCUUCAUAUCCAGUUUCUUCUAAGGAUGAUGUGAUUGAGAAAGGGUCAAAGCUCGCCUCAAAAAACAGCAGAGUUGUUCAUCUAACAUCUUUUACUGACAUUUCUGAAUGUCUGAAGCCCCAGCUGGAUAGAAGAUACACUUACACAGAAGAACAAAAGGUUAAAACCACCUCAGAUGUUGGUGCCUUAGGAGGAUUUGACAUGGAAAAUUUGUUGCAAUCUUUGUAUGUAGAAAAUAGAGCUGGAUUCUUUUUUACUAAAUUUUGCGAGCAUUCAGGGAACAAGUUAUGGAAGAACAGUGUGUACUUUUGGUUUGACCUACAGGCUUAUCAUCAGCUUUUCUACCAAGAAACACUUCACCGUUUAAAAGUAUGCAAGCAAGCACAAUAUCUUUUUGCCACAUACAUUGCUCCUUCAGCCACUCAUGACGUAGGACUCCAACAGGAGAAGAAAAAAGACAUUUAUCUGAACCUACAGCCACCGUUUGAAGACCUUUUUGACACGGCAGAAGAAUAUAUCCUGCUAGUCCUCCUUGAGCCCUGGACAAAGAUGGUAAAAUCAGACCAACUUGCUUAUGGAAAGGUGGAGCUGGAGGAAGAAACCCGCCAGUUGGACUCCACAUACUUCAGAAAGCUACAGGCUUUGCAUAAGGAUGUGAUUUCCAAGAAAGCUGGGGACACUGCUGAUGAAACUGGAGCUAGUAUUUUAUCACUCUCGGAUGUCUCUAAAAAAACAGAGUAUUGGAAUAACGUUCCUGCAGAAUACAGGCAUUUUAACUUCAAUAGUCUGCUUAACAAUAAACUGGAGUUUGAACAUUUCCGUCAGUUUCUUGAAGCUCAUUCUUCAAGCAUGGACCUCAUGUGCUGGACAGACAUUGAAGAGUUCCGAAGAAUAACUUACAGUGAUCAGACUCAAAGGGAGGCAAAAUCUAUAUAUAUUAAAAACAAAUACCUUAACAAAAAAUAUUUCUUUGGACCCAACAGUCCAGCUUCUGUAUAUCAGCAGAACCAGAUAAUGCAUUUAACUGGAGGUUGGGGGAAGAUUCUCCAUGACCAGCUUGAUGCAUCUGUUCUUGUUGAAAUUCAGAAGCAUGUCCUAAAUAGGCUAGAAAAUGUGUGGUUGCCAUUGUUUCUUGCAAGUGAACAGUUUGCAGCACGUCAAAAGAUAAAGAUACAGAUGAAAGACAUAGCAGAAGAGCUUUUACUGCAGAAGCAUGAAAGGAAAAUCGGGGUCUGGAAGCCUGUGGAGAGUAAAUGGAUAUCUUCAUCUUGUGAAAUAAUUGCCUUUCGUAAAGCAUUAUUAAAUCCAGUUACUGCCAAACAGUUUCAACAUUUUGUGGCUCUAAAAGGAGAUUUAUUGGGAAAUGGGGUACUUUUUUGGCAAGAAGUACAAAAAUUCAAGGACUUGUGCCAUUCUCACUGUGCUGAGUCCAUAAUCCAGAAGAAGAUCACAACUAUAAUCAACUGCUUUAUUAACUCCAGUAUUCCUCCAGCUUUACAAAUUGACAUUCCAGUAGAGCAAGCCCAGAAGAUCAUUGAACAUAGGAAGGAGUUGGGACUGUAUGUGUUUAGAGAGGCCCAGAUGACAAUUUUUGGAGUUCUGUUUAAAUUUUGGCCUCAGUUCUGUGAGUUUAGGAGGAACUUAACUGAUGAAAAAAUUAUGAGUGUUUUAGAGAGAAGACAAGAAUAUAAUAAGCAGAAAAAGAAAUUGUCAGCCAUAGAAGAUGAAAAAUUUGGAAAGGUUGGAAUCAAACAAUAUACAAGUGCUGCUGCAGGGUCCACUGUCAAAACACCUGUGAUAGCCAGUGACUCUUUCCUAGACCUGCAGGCAUACGGCCGACAGCCAACCUGGUGCUACUCAAAGUAUAUAGAAGCUCUAGAACAGGAGAGAAUUCUUCUUAAAAUCCAAGAAGAAUUGGAAAAAAAGUUGUUUACAGGCUCACCAUCUCUCACAAAUUUGAGGUCUACUGGUUCAGCUCUGUCUUUGAAAAAGAAUUUGUCUUCCCACACCGCCCAGAGAAUGUUUUCAAAUCCGAGUUAACUGACAUGAGAAGCUCCAGUGACUUUCUGGUGGUCUGCAUUGAAGCAGGCCUAGGCAUCUAAAUGAAGUUUGGCUUGUUUUCCUUCCACAGUUUUAAGAUUACAGCUAGUGCACACAUGUGAUAUGCAAGACUGUAAAGAAUGUCAAACUUAUUUAGAAUAAAAUGACCGCUAUCUAGAUUGGAAGAAUCAAGCUUUUUGGUGAUCACAGUCCUGCAGUCAUUGUUCAACAAGUAUUCCUUGAGCAUUUACUGUAUUUGGUUAGCAGUACAUUCAGGUGGUUAGGGGGUGAAUAUUCC